GAAUCAGUGUAGCUGUGUUCUCUGCCAUGUAGUUCGACAUUCGCACCUUCCAGCUGUCAUCCUGCAGAGGCGAUAAUAAGCAGAAGCAGGAAAAGUUCAAUGAGCGGAUGGGACCAGUCGACAAAAUGGACCUGAUAGACAGGAGAGGUUUUCUGGAGGUUUCAGCGUGCAGGAGACAAACGCCUAACCCCAGGCUUGUUGCACCGCAUUCUAUACUAACAGUGGCUCAAUGCCUUUGUGAAGGCAAGCCCAUAUCGCAGCGAGCCCUUGUGUCAGCUUUUCUUUCCCUGUGCAACUGCAGGAUGAGCCCAUGACAGGCAAUCAUCGGCCACAUGUGCGUUGACCACCUCUUUGUCGAGCUUACUAGAUGGAUGCUGAGGGCAGAUGUUGAGAAUUGGAAGUCUUCAUUUGCAAGAAGCCGCAAGUGUGAUUGCGCUACCAGGCAGAGACGCAGCUUCAAGAGAGUCGCGCUGGCUUUCCAGAAGGCCAAAGUGCGGAAGACCAACUUGAGCCACAAAGCACUGAAGAAGUCACAAGGGGAGAAGGUGCGGUGCAUCUUCUGUAAGUUGACGCAGGCGAAGCAGAUGGAUGACAACCCAGAGAGCCAUAGUCCAUGGUCCAUAGUUGUUCAGAGUGUGGGAGCAGAAUGAUUAGAGACAAAGAUGCGCGC